AUGACGACGACGACCAUGGAUUCGACAAUUGCCCCAAAGCCACGGCCAAGGCCUGCCCAUACGCAAGGAACCACUCGCUGCGCAUAUACUCCCGAUGGUAGUCGCCUUGUUACCGUUGGCUCAAACAACACGAUUCGACUGUACAAAACAGGUUCCGAUGGAGAACCAAUUAACAUCGAUGACUGUCAGGAGCAGAACAUGGCGGUCGCCGCGGGAGACCAAUUCUUUGUUGUUGGUUCUGAAGACGGCACCGUCAGCUUAUACUCCCUCGAAACAAACACCUUUGAGCGAUUCCUUACUCGAACCACACUGCCGAUUCGUGAUGUCGCUUUGACAGCCGAUGGUCAAUGGUGUGCUGUUGCGAGUGAUGAGUUGAGCGUCAAGAUUGUCAACACACAAGACAUAUCACAAGUCAAGUACCUGCGAGAACAUGCACGCGCUGUACGAAAUGUUAGCCUCGACCCCCAAGGGCGACUGGUUGCUCUUUCCGGCACAGAUGGUAUCGUAUAUGUUUACUCUCUCACCGCAGAAGAGCCAGAGUUGAUUCGAAAGGUGGAUGGUGUGAUUGGCGCUGUCGAUACAGAUGGUGAGAGCUCGACGCGUGCAGCCUGGCACCCGGACGGUAGAGCAUUCGCCGUACCAACUCCCAUGCGAGACAUCCAGGUCAUCUCCAAAAAUGACUGGGAAAAGCAAAGGACUUUCGCCAAUGGGCAUUUGGCUGAUAUAACCGCCCUAGCAUGGUCACCCAAUGGUGCAAUGCUGGCAUCAGCGAGUAAAGACGGCAAGCUGUUGAUCUGGGAGACGAGGACACAGUCCGUCAUUGCAAGAUACGACUACUCCAAUGUCAUUGACAUAUCUUGGCACCCUACCAAGAACAUUCUAUCGUUCACAACUACUGACGGCGAGGUCUAUAUCUACCCCGACUUUCUCACAGACCAGUUCUCGCCCCUACUGAAGCUCAACACACAACCAGCACCCUUCAUCCACGACCCACUCGCUGAGGUUUCUGCGAACCGAAGACCGCCUCCUCUUAACGGUCGGGAGCAACAAGCUCUGCCAACACGACCGAGACGAGACUCUCUGGGAAGUCUUGACUCGUUCCUUGAAGGUGGUGAUGGAUACGGCGAUGACGACUUCGUGGAGGAUGAUGAUGGUGCUGGGUACACUACAGGACUGGGCCAGAAACGAGGUCGGGAUGAUGACGGCCUUGGUCUUGCGAAUAAGCGACGCCACCUGCUCGAACCACAAUACCACGAAGCUUUCCAACCAGGUGCAACUCCAUGGCGUGGCAACCGCAAAUACCUCUGCCUCAAUUUGAUCGGCUUUGUUUGGACGGUUGACCAGGAUGGACAUCAUACUGUUACAGUCGAAUUCUACGAUCACGAGUUCCAUCGAGACUUCCAUUUCACAGACACAUUCCUCUACGAUAAAGCUUGCUUGACUGAGCAUGGCACCCUCUUCUCAUGUCCACCAAAGGAUGACGCCCCUGCAGUUAUCUUUUAUCGACCACAUGAGACAUGGACACAGCGAUCCGACUGGCGCAUUGAAUUACCACGGGGAGAAACUGUGACGGCUAUGUCACUGAGCGAGUCCUUCAUCACCGUCACAACUAGCGCCAACUAUGUGCGAAUUUUUACUCUGUUUGGCAUGCCGUAUCGUGUGUAUCGACCAAAGAGCUCACCUAUGGUGACAUGUGCCAGUUGGAGGGAUUACGUUAUAACCAUGGGCAACGGGCCCAUGGGCGCAGAUGGAAACACUCGUCUUUUGUAUACCAUUGAGAAUAUCAAGAGAGACGAGAUUUGUCAGAACGAAGACACUGUAGCUCUUCCCGAGGGAGCCACACUCAAGAGUGUAUUCUUCUCGGAUAACGGCGAUCCUUGUAUCUAUGAUUCGACAGGAACUCUCCUUGCACUUCUUCACUGGCGCCAGCCAUCAAGAGCAUCAUGGGUACCCCUCCUGGAUACCAAACUCAUGGAUCGUCUGGCAUCGGGCCGUAAGAACGAGUCGUACUUCCCUAUCGCUGUGGCUGACAACAAGUUUCACUGCAUUAUCCUCAAAGGAGGUGACCAAUACCCCUACUUCCCUCGCCCUCUCCUGUCCGAGUUUGACUUCUCCAUUCCUAUAUCAUCCGCACCCAAGCCAUCGAAGCGUAAAACCAGAGAAGGAUCUGAGGAUCUUGACAUGGAUGACGGAGACGAUGAUAAGGACGGAGAGGAUGGUUCAUCAGAGACACGCAAAUUCGAGCAAGACUUCAUUCUUUUUGGCGUUAAAGCUGCUCAGCUGCGGGAUCUCGUAGAAGCUACUUCAGGCAGCCACAAUCAGCGUUCACAACUGUCACGUCUUGAGCUUGAGAUCGACAAGACUUUGCUAAGGCUCCUGGCGAUUGAGUGCCGUGAGGGCGAAGAACGAGGCAUGCGUGCGCUUGAGAUGGUUCAGCUGAUGAAAGACCGUACAGGUCGCACAAUGGAUGCUGCUAGUAAAAUGGCAGACCAUUACGGGCGAACAAUUCUGGGAACAAAGAUUCGUGAGAUUGCUGAAAAGCGAAUUGGUGGAUUGGAAGAAGAAGAUUUUUGA